AUGCUUAGAUGUUUAAAUAUCUGCGCUCUGCCACGAAUUCACUCUAAACUUGUCUUCUUUUCGCUAAUCGACGGUGUAUUUGGAGUAAUGGCCGGUGCUGCUUUAGAUAUGUCGCUUGACGAUCUCAUCAAGAACAAUAAGAAAUCCGGCGGCGGCGAUGGCGGUGGUCGUGGUCGGGGUCGGGGUCGAGGAGCUGGACCUGGACCUGCACGUCGCUUCAAUAAUCGCGGUGCUAACCGAGCGACUCCUUACGGCGGACCUAAGGCACCAGAUGCGGCUUGGAGGCAUGAUAUGUUCGGUGUUCCGGAUCAGGUCAUGGGGAACGUUGGACCUGGCGGCCGUCCAUCUGCGAUUGAAACUGGGACGAAGCUUUACAUAUCAAACCUUGAUUACGGUGUCUCGAAUGACGAUAUUAAGGAGCUCUUUGCAGAAGUUGGUGACCUGAAAAAGUAUUCUAUACAUUAUGAUAGAAGCGGGAGAUCAAAGGGGACGGCUGAGAUUGUGUAUUCAAGAAGGCAAGAUGCAUUAGCAGCUGUCAAAAGGUAUAACAAUGUCCAGCUUGAUGGGAAGCCAAUGAAGAUAGAGAUUGUGGGAUUAAACAUUGUAGCUCCUGUUGCUGGUCUUCCAUUGCCAAACAACUCUUUUGGAAACAUGAAUGGUUUUCCAAGAAGUGGACAAGGAAGGGUUGGUGGAUUUGGUGGAAGAUCAGGUGGCGGUGGUGGAGGAUUUGGAAGGGGCCGUGGUGGACGUGGAAGAGGAGGAGGAGGAGGAGGUCGUGGUGGAGAAAAGAUAUCUGCAGAUGAUCUUGAUGCUGAUUUGGAGAAGUACCAUCAAGAAUCAAUGCAAACUAACUGAGAUCAUCAAUCAUCAGUUAUGCACCAAAACCUUGUUUGUAUUUUGUCUUUUGUCAACUGAACACAUACCCAACUCUCUAGGCUAAAACUGGUGAUAGGGUGGGAGGAUUGUAGAAACUUAGUUUCUUUUUAUGGAGCUUUAUGGUUAUUACUAUAGAUGUUAGACCAUUGUAUUGUAUUGAUUAUUAUGAUACUCAGUUUGUGGUGUGUGUGUCUGUCUGUACUCCUAUCAUCUUCUUUAUAUCUGUGCAUCCUUCAACACAUGGACAAAAAGCAUCAAAGUCUACAUCAAUUGCCAGAAAUAACUAGUUCUUGGAAGAUGUAAUGAGGAAUUCAAGGUUGUAGCUGCUCAGUUUUUUACUUGGUGACAUGGUUGGGUUGAGACUUUUGUGUAUCUAUCAACUACAACAAUUUAAAGAGAUUCACAAGCUAUUGUAACUUGAAAAAAAGGGUAUACAAAAUAUAGUUUCAAGUACAAUCAACAGUAAUACAACAAAACAUAAUUCCACAACAGCUACAUGUGGGGCCCCCUCAACUUAUUUGUAGGGAAAAUGAGCCUCGCAAUUGAAUACAAUAUGACGUGUAUGCAUGUCAACACAAAAUUCCAACAAGAGGAUGGCCAGUACCAUGGAUAUAACAGCCGGAAAAACAAACUUAUAACAUGUCGAGGAUAUUGCCCAACCUUAUUAACAUUAACAAAACCCAUAUUUAUUAAUCAAUCAUAUAUAUUUUUAUCAUUUGAUGAUAAAAUUAUAUAAAAAAAAAAGAAUUACUCACCGGAAAAAGAAAAUCAAGAGCAUCCCAGGCUGCAUGACGAACGGCUCGUGUUGGAUACAUGGGCCCACCGGGAGACGUGAAGCUGUACAAGCACGUUUUAAGUCUGGUACUUGUUGUCAUUCGAAGUUCCAAACCUUGAAGAACUUUAAUGCGGGAAAGCUCUCACCUGAUUAGUUAGUUCGAUAAGAAAAACAUCCGCGGGCCCACCUAUCAAGAAAGCGUUUGGGAACUCCGGGAAAUGGUGAAAUAAGGAUUCAAGCUUUUCAUCUGUGACAAGCGUUUUCUUUGAGAUUAUAACCAGUAUCUAAAGUGGUAAAAGGGAGAGAUUUACUAGCGGUUUUAACGUAUAUACCUACCUAGAUUAUAAAGGAAUAUAAAUCUUGAAAGAAGAAGAAACAGAUCUCUUUGAGCCUGACAGAGGAAAGAAUAAAAAAAAAGGGGUUUUAAUUUUUCAAUGUUUUUUUAACUUGGUUUAUUGUGUAACAUUUAUUAUACAUUAUGGAGUCAUUUUGAUAUCGCUACUUAACCUGCAAAGGG